AUGAAUAUAGUGUUUGUAUUGACAUCGGUUUUAUUAUUUAUCCCAACAGCACUCGCUCAAACACAGCAAGACAAUGGGUUGACAGUGAUGUCUAUGGCGCUGAUUGGAGUGCUAGGUCUCCUGAUUAUCGCCGUCACAGGACUCGCCAUAAUGGUAGUCAAACUCAGCUUUACAAAGAGAGUUCCAUUGCGGAGACAGAGAAAGUCAGAAAAAUCCACGACCAACCAGAAAAGCCAAGAAAACACGCCCCAACCAAGCGUUCCACUGACCACAAGCGUCCCUGAGACCAGGGAGCCGGUGAUGUCUGCGCUUUACGCUGAGGCAGAGACUCCACUGACGAGAAACACGCAUGCUGCAGACGAUGCUUCACAGCAUUACGCAGAAGCAGGUUCCACAGAUCAUUAUUCCGAGACGCAGGCGUUCGCCGUGGUAGAUGAACCAAAGCCUCAAGUUGGCGUCAAACGAGGUGGAAAAUACGGUUAUUCCACUGUUAAUAAAACAAAGAAGAAAACUCCCGAACCAACCGGUAGAUCUUCAACGCUGCCUCGCCAUUUGCCAAAUGAUAAUGUUUAUAUGCCCUUAACAGAGGGAGAAUACGAUCAUUUAAACUCUCCGAGACCUAAAAACAAGAAUCCGAUAGGAGGUCUUAGAUUGUUACCAUAUCAAGAAGUAAGUUUGAGAAAAAAGAAAUUAAACAAAGAUCAAAAAGGACCCGAGGUAGCCUAUGAUGUACCACCCAGUCAUAAGAGCAUGGACCCACAAGAAACGUAUGACGUUCCGAAAUCACAAAAUCAGAUUGCAGCGGCACAGGAAACGUACGACGUCCCGCCAUCUCAUGAUCAAAACGAAGGGGCUCAGGAAACCUACGCCGUCCCUGGAAGCAGCGUGCCCCUUAAUGACUACGACGCUCCCAGAACUGCAAGUCAGGGAACAUACGAUGUCCCUCCUCCUUCCAGCCAGAGAGCGUUUCCCGGUCAGGCUACGUAUGACAGACCGCCGCUGAUCCCCUCAGCUGUUCAGAGCGUUUAUGACGUGCCAAAAUCACAGAAAGACAAAACUGCCAGUCCCAAAUCUAGUCAUAAACUGUGACACAAUAAUUUAUAAAUUUCAUAUUCAUAUUACC